AUGGCUUCCAAAGCUUCUUCCUCCCUUGCUCUUUUCCUCACACUCAACCUCAUUUUCUUCUCACUUGUCUCUGCAUGCGGAAGUUACUCGUGCCCUGGUCCAAACCCAAACCCAAAGCCAACACCCAGCCCCAAACCUAGUGGCUCGUGCCCCCGUGACGCACUGAAACUAGGUGUAUGCGCCAAUGUGCUAAACGGGUUGUUGAACGCCACUUUGGGUCAACCACCAGUUACUCCUUGCUGCUCCCUUCUCGAGGGCCUCGUCGAUCUUGAGGCUGCAGUGUGCCUCUGCACUGCCCUCAAAGCAAACAUUUUGGGCAUCAACCUCGACCUUCCCAUCUCCCUCUCCUUGCUUCUCAAUGUUUGCUCAAAACAAGUCCCACAUGAUUUUCAAUGUGCUUAA